GUAUGUGUGUGAGAGAGAGGAAGGAAAGAAAGCAAGAAAGAUAGAAAAAGAAGGAAAAAAGAGAGAGAUAGAAAGAAACAAACGAAUGAACAAAGGGUAACGUUAGGAGAGUGUAUGUUACGAACUCUUGAAAGAAAGAUAUGUGUGCGUGUGACUGUCUUAUAGAGAGAAAAUGUUGAUCAAAGUAGCGAGAGAGAGAGAGAGAGAGAGAGAGAAUGACAGGCAGACUGUUUAUAUGAUUGGUGCGCAACAGGUAGUUGUGUAUAUUAAGCUGACAACAUGGCCUGUUAAUUAUAAGCCUCAUGCACUGGCGUGGAAAAUCAAAACAAAAAUUAACAUCACAAUUUCGAGUCGAUUGCUGAGAGUUUAAUUAAUAUUCGAACUUAUCAUUAUUAUCAUUAUUAUUUUUUCCUCCCUACUUACAAGAGUAAAAGAACCAGUGAAGAAUGGCACCGAGUGUCUAUGACAAAGUUAUUGCAGUGAUAUCAAAACCACAGGAACAGAGAACUGAUUUCGAAUGUCACGAUUUGGUGCCUUGGAUUCGGAAACAAAACAAAUUAUUUUCCAACCUAAAGCAUGAAAUCCUGAAAGACUUGAUAAAAAACUGCCACUUUCAAAGGUCACGUGCAAAUGAUGUUAUUAUAAAGCAAGGAGAUAUAGGUGACGCGAUGUAUGCAACACUCAAAGGGUCAGUAUCUAUUUAUAUACUGCCAGAAAUGGAAGAAAACGUUUGUCAAUAUCUUGAUCGAAUUUGUUCAAAACCUAAGCCAGAAAGAAAUCUUUUCGGACAACAUAUUUUUUCCCAGCAAGAAGGAUUUGUGUUUGGUGAUGUGGCAUUGAUACGUGACUGUACACGAACGGCGUCAGUAUUGGCAGAUGAAGAAUGCGAUCUUCUUGUUCUGAAUCGACUCCUUUAUAACCGUACUGUACGAGAAGUACUCAAUUUAGAAUGGCAAGAAAAAACACAAUUUGUCUUAAGAAAUCCUAUUUUCAAAGAAUGGUCACCCAAACAUCGUAAACAACUGGUUAUCUCUCUACGGAAGGAAUCAUAUCAGUUUGGAGCAGUUAUUGCCAGACAGGGGCAACCCGUUCAAAACAUAUAUUUCAUAUUAAAAGGCGAAGUGGAAGUUUCAAUGGAUUUAUCGCUUCAUAAAUCUCAACAACCGGAGUUAUGGACAGAAAUAGAAUCGAAUUUUGCCGAACUAAUAUCAACAAACAGACCAAAUGGUAAGACAACCCACCACGACAGACAGCGACGUUCGAGAGUGCAGAAAAUAUCACUUCUUAGUUCCAACGAACACAUUGGUUCCCUGGAAAUAGUACAGGACAUCAGUAAACAUCUGGACACAACAACAGUAGCUGGCGAAGUAGAAUUACUCGUUCUAGACCGCAAACAUUAUGAACGGCUUCUGGUAAAAAAACAUCCCCAGUCAGUUGAAAGUCUCAAAAAAGAACUGACUAUACGCCAGCUUCUCGUAUUAAGCCGCUUAUAUCAUCCAACAGAAACAACAGUGAUGAAAUAUGUCACCAUGAAGUUGUUAAAUGGAGAUAUGUCGUCCAAACUUACACAUCAAUACCACCGCCAGCGCCGCAGACAUCCUAUGAUCAACAGAUACAACGAAAGUGAGAUUUCUCGAAAAGUUAGGACACGACUGCAUAUGAAUUCGAAAAACACCGCGACAAUUAUUCCAGGGGAAAAUUCAAAGAAAAUGUUUCUAAACCAAUUAGAAUAUGAACUGCAACUACUGAUGAUUCAUUUGAGAAAAAAUGGAAAUAUCCAUUAAUUUCAUUUGUUUUGAAGAGGAAGAAACUCGAGAAUUAUUAAAUAAAAUUUCUUUGCAUUCAUAAGAACAUGACAUCAUUGCAUACAGAGAGAAGAGCAAACUAAACUAAUUAUUAUUAAACAAUAAAGAAUAUUAAACUAUAAAGAAUUAGUUUAGUUUGCUCUUCUCUGUGUAUGCAAUGACAUCAUGUUCUUACGAAGCAGCUAAGUUUUAUCUAUAAAUUCUCGAUCUUACUGUUCUUGAAAGUUCGUUCGGAAGUUCCAUGAAGAACGAAUAACUACAGAAAGAUUUAUGAUUCUUUCCCGAAGUAUUGUUACAAAUGUCCUGUUGAAUAACAUUAUUCUAAUGAAGUUUAAAUGACGGAGAGUAUGUUGAGAUGUUGAGACUUUCAACCUUUGGCAAUAAUUUAAAUUAGUAGUAUCACUUUCAGAUAGAUUGUACAGAAGUGAAAUUGGAUGGAUGUUAAGUAUUCUAAAAGUUAAUAAAAAUGAACAAAAAAAAAUCUUUUUUAUUAAGUAAUUCCGGAAGAAAAUUUAUUCUGGGUGAGUAAUAUUUACUUUGAGAAAAAAAAAAUCUUUACAGAAACUAUAUCUGCUAAGCAAAUAACCUUCUCUAAAUGCCCUGAAUACACUAUAACAUAUUCAGAACACUAUUUCAGGAAAUUAUCUCAGUUCUUUUUGAGCAUGUAAAAAAAAAAUUAGAUGGGACAAAAUGAGUAAGACAAAGUAAGAUAAAUUUGCUACUGCAAUAUUCUUGGAUUACAUUUGAAAAAAAGUUUCAUACACAUCAAUAUCCAUCCUCAGAUUUCAGAAAGAUCAGAGAUGCAAAAAAAUAUAUAUACUCAACAGCUUCCUCGCGAUCUGCUUUAAUGGUUCUUGUUCUGCUAUAUUUAUGCACCAUGCAGUUAAAAUAAAAAAAUUAUUGCAACU